AAUUGCAUCGAAGCACGACCCGGCCUCACUUGUCAUACACCGUCCCUAUCAAAUCAAACCUCUGCCGGUGGGCCCCAUCACUCUGUCUCUUCGUCUUCUUCCUUCCGUCUCUCCGCCUUCCUCUCUCUCUCUCGUCUCACCACACCUCGGUAAACGCGCGCGAUGACCGCGGCUUCGACGGAGACGCUCCACGGAGGCGGCGAUGCGGCCACGGACGCGGAGGAGGGGCCGCUGAGCAGAGAGCUGCGGCAGCUCCCGGACCAGGUGCUGCAGGAGAGGCUGCAGCGCAUGCAGGGCCUCGUCGACGUAGGCUUCGCCGCCCGCCUCCCCGACGGCGGCAAGACGUAUCACCACACGCUCCACGCCGUCCGCCACGAGCUCGAUCGCCGCCGGCAGCAGGCCGCUGCUGCCUCCUGCUCGGCUCCGCCGCCGCCGCCGUCGCCCGAGCACGCGCCCGCGCCACCGACCCCGCACGGCCCCCAAGGCGAGCUGCCGACGGAUGUUGACCGAUGUGAACAGAUAGUGCAGCCAAGGUGUGCAGAAUCGCCCGAUUUUACUAGCUAUAUCUACGAGAGAUUGACUCGUUCCAACUUUCCAUUGGCAGAAAUACAUGUGCCACCUUCCUUGCCUGUUCAUUCUGCUCAGAUGGAGACCCCUGCAUGUCCGUCAAAGCAGCUGCCUGAUGUUCAUGUUAUCAAAACAAUCCUAGAGCCAUGUGAGGACUCACCGGAGCCAGCACCAGCACCAGCACCAGCAUUGUAUCCGGCUCCAGAUGCCACCGAGGAUUGGGAGACCACCCCACUCUCCGGCAACCACCCCUUCUUCACCAUGCUUAUGUCAAGGUCUCAUGUUCAGAAGCCGUUUCAGCUGGGCAUUCCAAGUCGAUUCCGUUACCACCUCCCGGAAGCGUGCAAGGCCACCACCCUCAUCUGUCGUGGGAAGUCAUGGCCCAUGAGCUACCGUGGUGACCUGAAGAUGAAGAAGCUUGAUGUAGCGUGGAAGGACUUUGCUGUUGACAACCGGCUGCAGGUCAACGAUGCUUGUAUCUUUGAGUUGGUGAAUGGCGCCGGAGAGGAGGAGCUGGUGUUCCAGGUGCAGAUACUCCGCGGUGGCCUGCCGAAGGAGGUCGUAUCCAAGGGUGCCACCGCCGACGAGCCCAUGAUCAUAAACUAGAGACCAGGUCAGGAAAGGCUUCUUUUUUUAUGAAGCUCAGUAGAUCAGGAGCUUUUGAAUGCUGUGAAAUAUCCAAAUUCUUCUCAUGGUCACCUUGUUGUGGGUUAGUUUACUGAUAAAACGGUUUGGUAAGCUGUGUGCUUCAGGCAAUUUUGGAUGGUGGUGCCUGGCUCAAACAUGUUGGACCCUAAGUUUGACCUUGCAAUCCCAAUUUCACUAAUGAAAUUGUAACUUGUAGCCUUAAAAAUUCUUUUGUUGAAAAAUCCUUAGUCUCGAGAAUAAUUCAGCUCUAUUUUGUUGUGUUCUUGCGUUUCGACUUGAAAGCAGCCAUAAUGUCAUAUUGUCUCGAGAAUAAUUCAGCUCUAUUUUUCUGUGGUCUUGUGUUUCGACUUGAAAGCAACUUGACAUGGAUU